CACACAGCUAUAGUUGUAGUUGUAGGGUUGGCAACACAGGCACAGGGUCACUCACAAGGAUACUUUCAUGCAGGCCAUGGACACUGUUUAGCUUUCCAAAGGCUCUCUCCGCUCUCCCUUUCAACGAUACACCUCUCGCAUCAUUGAUCUCAUCUUUGUCCUCAUCACAUCAACACAAAACUGCUGUUAGGGAAAACAGAGAGGCUCCAUGCCCAAAACUGUCCUCCUGUCACUGCCCUGCCCAUGAGGGCUUUGUUCGUUUUGAAAGAACAAAUGCCCAAGGCUUUGUUGCUAGUUAGCUCGACUGCUUGAGGCCGCAGAGCCUAUAUAAAUGGCCAGCUACUAGAUUGGCCUUUCUUCCUCAAGCAGCCUCUCGGUGCUCUGCGUAGUUCUUUUCGAAAAAUUGCUGUGCAUAUCUGUUGAGAGCUUCUUGCCGGUGCUGGUGUGGUGGUGUUAAUUGGGUUCCUUGUAGUGCGACUCGUCCAUCGUCCUUGCCACCAGCUGCCAUGGGGGGCACCUUGGAGUACCUGUCAGGGCUGCUGGGAGUGGGAGGGAGUGGAAGCCAUGACCACGAGAACAAGAAGAAGAAGAGGAAGCAGCUGCAGACGGUGGAGCUCAAGGUCAGGAUGGACUGUGAAGGGUGCGAGCUCAAGGUCAGGAGCACCCUCUCCUCCAUGAAAGGGGUCGAGUCGGUGGAGAUAAACAGGAAGCAGCAGAAGGUGACGGUGGUCGGGUACGUGGAGGCGACCAAGGUGCUGAAGAAGGCGCAGUCCACGGGGAAGAAGGCGGAGCUGUGGCCGUACGUGCCCUACAACCUGGUGGCGCAGCCCUACGUGGCCGGCACCUACGACAAGCGCGCCCCGCCCGGGUACGUCCGGAGCGUGGAGCCUGCUGCAGGCUACGUGGUGGCCGCCAGUAGCCAACUGCAGGCCGCCGCCGGCGGCAGGCCGCCGGGUGACCACCUCACCGACAUGUUCAACGACGAGAACCCCAACUCCUGCUCGGUCAUGUGAGGAUCCGGAGAGAAACCGAGAGAAAAAGUGAGUGGAUAUUCGUUCGGGGUUUGCAUUCUCCCCCUGUGAGUCGGACGAUGGUUGUUGGUGUGAUUGACAUUUGGAAGUUCUUCCUGCUCAGUGUUAGACGUCUCUGCACCCAUCGCUGAUGUUGUUGCUUGUACUGUAUCUCCCUGCCCUGUGCCCUGCUUUGUAGUUCAUCCAGUGAUAUGUACUGCCCGGUAGGAGAAUUUGGCGCUGAAACCCGUGGGAAUUGUACUGGCCGGUUCUUAUGUGAUGUA